UGUUGUGAUGGAAACCCAGUCUUUUUUUUAAAAAAACAGGUUCUGCAUGAGACACUUGCAAAAAAAAAAGGGCAGGGAUUUGAUCACCUGUAUAUAUAGGUUUCUGGUGUAAAUUGCCAGUUUGGAGGCUGCCAGGCCCAGAUUUCCCAUCAGGAGGCUCUUCUCUUCCUGGGAGAGGAGAAAGAUGGCUUCCCCUGUCCUGAAGAGACUUAAAGCGACUACAAAGAAAAUUUCUUUCAAGAGACAGUUUCAUAUUUAUCUUCUUUCAUUGGUCCUGGCUUGUUUGAUCACAAUCAUCCUCUUGAAUUGUUUUGUCACAUUUAUUACGAAGAAAAGCUUUUUGGAAUUGCCUGAUAUAAAUUGCCAUAGGAAUCCUCCAUUCCUAGUAAUAUUGGUGUCAUCAGAACUUGGUGAGAGAAAGGCUCGGAUGAUAAUUCGUAAAACGUGGGGAAAAAAAAGAGUAUUAGCUGACAAACUGAUUUUAACUUUUUUUCUCUUGGGAAAUAAUUUCUGGCCGUAUAAACCAUUUAAUGUGACUGUGGAAAGCUUACAUUAUAAAGAUAUAAUCCAAAAGAAUUUUAUAGAUUCAUAUAAUAAUUUAACAUUAAAGACUUUAAUGGGCUUUGAAUGGAUUCAUAAAUUCUGCCCACAAGCUACUUUUGUGAUGAAAAUUGAUUCUGAUAUGUUUGUGAAUGUGUAUUAUCUGAUAGAACUUCUUCAGAAACGAAAGAGUACUACCCAGUUAUAUACAGGUUCUAUAAAAAUUAAUGAAAAGCCAAUAAGGAAUCCAGACAUAAAAUGGUAUAUAAGUGAAGAGGAAUAUCCAGAAAAAAUUUACCCACCCUUUUGUUCAGGAACUGGUUAUGUUGUCUCCUCUGAUGUUGCUAGUCAAGUUUAUAUAGUUUCAAAACAGAUCACUGUUCUUAGGUUGGAAGAUGUUUUUAUAGGUAUGUGUGUUGCAAAACUUAAAAUCCAACCUGAAAAACUUCAUUCAGAACCUGUCUUUUUUCCAGAAAAAGUUAUUUUUGAUCCUUGCCACUACAAGAAAAUUGUUACAAGCCAUUUUAUUACUCCUAGUCAAAACCUUAUUUAUUGGAAUGCACUGGAAAGACAUAUGGAUGAAAAAUGUUCAAAUGAUCAAAAACCUUUACAAUUAGUGUAUGAGACUUAUGACAAAACAGCUUGGCAAACUUGAUUAGAAGCAUGCUGUAACUCACUUGCACAAUGGUUCUGUUUAAACAUCAGUCCCAUUGAGUUCAUUUGGAUUGCCACCUAUAGUUUUGCAAUAUUACUGCAUGUUACAGUUCCGAUUGAUGAAAGGUUCGCUUACUAUAAAGAUUAUAAACUGCGUUCUAUAUUUAUUUAAAUAGCACCAUUGCUGCGUACACAGAAAAGUUUUUCUUUUAAGUAUUUUGAAAUUUUCCAGUAGAAAGACAAAGUUUUAUUUUCACUGAAGCUUGUAAAGAAAAAUGUCAACGGGAUAGGUAUUGUUAAUUAAAGUGUCAGCAAAUGUAGAGAUUACCAACAUUUUAGCAGAAAAUGGAUGCAGACAUUGUAUAAGGUAAUACAGAAAAUGAAAUUAGUGUUUUGCAUGAAACCACCAACUAUUUCAGAAUUUUGGGUUAACAAUGGCCAAGAAAUUGUGAUCAAAAAAAUUAUAACCAAGAUUUCAUAGAAGCACUG